AUGUUUGUGUUUACACGCAUCUCAGACGUGAUUCCAGUGGCACCGGAGCUUUUUGAUGCUGACUAUACGCAAGUGUUGAUUGAGGAAAUUGACCGUAAAUAUGCCAACAAAGUCAUUACAGACGUGGGACUUUGUAUUACACUCUAUGACUUUGUAAGAAUUGGCGACGCAUUCGUCCAUCCAUCAGAUGGUACGUCACACUCGCAGGUGGAGUUCCGCAUGGUCGUGUUUCGUCCAUUUGUAGGGGAAGUGCUCAAAGGUCGUAUCGUGAGCUGUACGGAGGAGCACAUUCGUGUUUCGAUGGACUUUGUUCAGGACAUUAUUAUCCCGUCGUAUGCACUACAGACGCCGUCAUAUUUUGAUACAACAGAGAGACUGUGGGUAUGGAAGUACGCGGAAGGACAAGAGAAAUUCUAUAUGGACUUGCACGAGGAUAUCCGUUUCCGUGUGACCAAUAUCAACUUUACACGUGUGACUAAGACUGCAAAAGGCAUUCAAGCCACAACGACAGAGGCGACGGAAAAGGCAGAGAAGGACGGUAGUACUGAGGACAUGCGGCAAUCUUUGGCUCGUCGACGGUCGUCGAGCGUAGAUUUGUCGGACAACGACCCAACGCCAUCAGCCAUUCACAUCCUGGGAACGAUCGAUGAAGAUGGUUUGGGCUUGUCAUCGUGGUGGACGAGCUAA